AUGGUGCUCGUGGAAGUGAUUGCGGGGUUAUUUGUUGCAAUUUGGCUGCUAGCGCAAUGGUGGCAGAGAUCUGCAAAGAAUUAUUGGAAGAAAAUUGGGAUUCCCUACAUACCUGGUCGCCCAUUUAUCGGAUCUGGGUUUGUCUUUAAACAGAGCAUGGGAGAAUUCUUUAUGGAUUUAUACAAUGAUCCUGGAACGAAGAAUGAGCCAAUUGCUGGGUUUUACUUCUUCCAUAAACCAAGCCUCCUCAUACGUGAUCCUGAACUUAUAAAACGGAUUUUAGUGACGGAUUUUAACGUAUUCAUGGACAGAAUUUUUUCUUCAGAUCCCAUCUCUGACACCGUUGGAGUUAAUUUGCUGCCAAUGGUUAAAGGGGAGAAAUGGAAGAAGGUCCGAUUUGGUAUUUCGCCAGUAUUCACGGGAAAUAAAUUGAAGAAUUUCUUCUUGAUCGUUAAACAAACCUGCGAUGAAUUUGAUGUAAAAUUAGCAGCAGACACCGCAAAAGGCACCGCGGAGUACGAUGUGAAGCACCUGAGUGGCCUUUUGACCGUUGACAUGAUAGCUCAGUGCUUUUUUGGCGUCAAAGCAAACUCCUUGACGAAUCCCAAAUCGGAAUUCUAUGAAAAUGCAAAUGCAAUGACGGAAUUUACAUUAAGACAGACAUUUGCAUUCUUCUGUGGAGGUUUCUUCCCAGAAUACGCUCAGACGCUGAAGAUCACCCUGUUCCCACGAUCAGUUAAUAAAUUCCUCCAGGAAACCAUUAACUACGUCAUGAGCAAUCGUGAAGCAAGUGGUGUGAAGUGCAAUGAUUUAAUUGAUAUUCUCAUUACAAUGAAAAAGACGCAAAAGGAGAUAUUUGAUGGAGAUGUCCUUGUUGGACAGGCAGCUACAUUCCUUGCAGCUGGAUAUGAAACAACUUCGUCUGCAAUAUCCUUCGCACUGUACUCACUUGCAAAGCAUCCGGAAGUUCAGGAGAAGCUUCGAAAGGAAAUUCUCGAGGAAAUUGAAAAAUCAGGCGGUGUGACGUAUGAAGGGAUUCAUAAUCUGGAGUACACCAACAUGGUUAUCCAAGAAACCCUUCGUAUGUACCCAUCCUUGACGGUGCUGGACCGAAUUUACAUGCCGCAAGACAAUGAACCCUACUCCCUGGAGCCACAUCAUCCAUCUUCAAUCCCAAAAGGAAUAUCAGUCUAUAUUCCGACCUUUGGCAUACACAGAGAUCCGAAUUUCUAUCCAAACCCCGAAACAUUCAACCCCGAGAGAUUUCGUGACAUCAGCAAUGAUCCCCAGAGCAAGUACAUGUUCCUGUCAUUUGGAUUAGGACCACGGCAGUGCUUAGGGGCGCGUUUUGGGAUGAUUCAGAUGAAAAUGGCCCUCAUUUCCAUUCUAAGGAACUACAGAGUUGAAUGUUGUGCAAAAACCCCAGAAAAGAUAAGAAUUGAUUCAAAGGCAAUCAUUUUGCAGUCCAAAGAUCCAAUUCAAUUAAUUUUUAGAAAACUUUAAGGUAAAGGAAAU